UGAUGGGGAAAGAGCAUCAGUUCAAGAGUGGCACUGAAGAGAAGGAGAGAGCCGAAAGGGGCAAAGAGGAAAUAGAAAAAUAACAAGAGGGUGAAUGAAAGCUAGAGGAACAGAAAGAGAAGAAAGGGAAGGUUUUUAUAUUACAUUCUUGAAACUUUAAAAUUGAAAUGGCAGACACAGCAGGAGGAGUACUUUUGGCUUUGCUGUUGUUCCUGAGUGCCAGUGGGCCGUGCUUCUCUGCGUAUAAAAGCGGCGAGUGCUUCUUCAACACUAAAGGGAGCUGUGAACACAUGGGGCAGGUGUAUGGGAUAGGAGAGAGCUGGGUAAUCAGUGACUGCUACAAGUGCGUCUGCAUGGAGCCUUUUGGAGUAGGAUGCUGUGACCAUGGAUCUGACCCUGUGGACUAUCCAGACUGGUGUGAGGUCAUCCGUAAACCUGAGUCAUGCACGAGCGUUGCAGUGAUGAGAGUCAAUCACAAACUACCAUGCCUCUGGGGAAGAGGCCGUCUCAGACCUCCUGCAGGCCAACCUUGGAAAUCUGACAAUGAUCCUUUAUUUUGAGUUCAGCAAUUAAUGAAAAAUAGCAAUAUAGCAAUGUGUCACGUUUAUUUUGGAAUGAAUAAAUAUAGAUCCUGGGAUUUAUUUUAUCUUAGGGUUUGUGAGGGACUAAACUAUGUAUAAUGUUAUUACAAAAUCUGCAAAAAACUAUAGGGAUUAUCUGUUACCUCUGUUGAUGAUGAUAAUGUCACAUUUAAAAAUUGUGUUGUAUAUGUUGGAUUGUCUGAAUGUCUGGAUUUUUUCUGGUUCAUUAAAAAAGAAAAUACAGAUAUUGUGUAUA